AUGAAGUUCGGAAAGAGCAUUGGCAGCCAGCAAGAGGGGCAUGCAGACCUUCACUACGUUGAGUACAAGCUUCUGAAGAAGAAGAUCAAGGAUGUUGUCGGGCGCCUCCAGGCCAGCGAACUGGCGGAGGCUUUGACCGCCAACACAGUCUUUGAGGAAGAGCUAGCCGCGGAAAUCGGCCGCGUCAACCAGUGCUUCUCACAAAACCAGCAUGAUCUGCUGGAUAGGACGGCGCAACUCGCCGAAGAGCUCCACCAGCGGAAGGGAUGCAGCGACGAGGGAGGCGGCGUUGCCUUUUCCCGGGCGGACGCGAUGAGGCAGCUGGUGGACAUUCUCCAGGAGGUGGACCAGCUACGGAAAUAUGCUGUCUGGAAUGCAGUUGCAGUUGUGAAAAUCCUCAAGAAGCGCCGCAAGCAAACCAGCUUCGGAAUCGAGGACACGGCUGCAGAGAGAGCCGGAUGGCUGUCGCGACAAGGCUUCUUCAGCGGCUCUGACUUCGCGGAGCUCCACGCUUCCGUCGAAUCGCUGGGGCACAUGCUGGUUCUUUCGGAGAUCCUGCCAGAGGAUGCUGGAUACGAGCAUGCAGCAUAUCGGUCACAGUCCAAUCAGGAGCCUCAACAGUGUCCUAUCUGCCUCGACACCAUCUCCGAUAUGGUGGAGCUCUCUUGCAAACACAGGUUCUGUUGGAAGUGCUUUGUUCUCGGUCCGAUUGCCUUCCAGCCGGGGGAAUAUCGCAUAACACAGUGUCCCAUUUGCCGACGGGAGACGCAACUAGAGGAGUCAGACGAAGCGGCUGCUGGCAGCUUACAUUCAUGGCAACCAGCAUCAAUGUCCUGCAGAGUAGCUUGUCUCGUUUCCAACUAUGUUUCUUCGUCAGCGCCGCUACCAUCAUGA